CGUUGCAAUGAGAUCGACCAAACCUGCGCGGACGCAGUGAGGACAGAUCCACCAGGCAACCAUCCCUCUCCCACCUCUGUGAUGGCUUCCGCCCCGUCGGCCCCGUCGACGGCGCCGUCACUGGUGGACACCCUCUUCCAGCGCUCGCUGGACGAUCUCGUCAAGUCCCUCCGCGCCGACCCUUCAGCCGCCGGCGAGUCGCUGGCCGUCGGCCGCGCUCUCUCCGAGAUCCACCGCGAGAUCCGCGCCCCGGACGCGGCGACCAAGGCCGUCGCGCUCCAGAAGUUCACCUACCUCUCCUCCCUCCACUUCGUCCCCGUCGCCUCCCACCCGCUCGCGUUCCCCGCCAUCGAGCUCCUCGCCUCGCCGCACCUCCCGCACAAGCGCCUCGCCUACCUCGCCGCCUCGCUGUCGCUCCACCCAGCCUCGCUCUCCCUCCUCCCGCUCGCCACCCACCAGAUCCACAAGGACCUCUCCCCUUCCACCUCCGCCGCCGCCUCCCACCACGUAUGCGCCCUCGCGCUCCAGCUCCUUGCCUCCCCCGCCGCAGCCGCCGCGCCCGACCUCGCCGUCCACCUCGCGCACGACCUCGUGCCCCACCUGUCCCGUGGCAGCCCGCGCGCUAUCGCAGCCGCAGCGCGCAUCAUAGCCGCCUCCCCGUCUACUGGUGUGCCGGUCCUCUUCAAGCCGCUGGCGGCAUGCCUUGCUUCGUCCGACCCACGGGCGUCAACUGCGGCUGCAUCCGCCUUCUGUGAGCUGUCGGCGCCGCCGGCUGAUGUGGCCCCAUUCCUGCCUCUCGCGCCUGACCUUUACAAUCUGCUAACCACAUCGCGCUCCAACUGGGCGCUCAUCAAGGUGCUCAAGAUAUUUGCUAGGCUGGCUCCUUUGGAGUCGCGUCUGGCCGCACGGAUUGUUGAUCCAGUCUGCCAGCUCCUCACUCGUUCUUCAGCCAUGUCGCUGACAUUCGAGUGUGUCCGCACAGUGCUAACUGCACUACCCGCGCAUGGCGCUGCAGUGAGCCUUGCCAUUGGGAAAGUCAAGGAAUUCCUUGCUGCUUCUGAUGAUCCUAACCUGCGCUAUCUCGGGCUCUUGGCACUUGGUAUGCUUGGCCCAGCAUAUGCAUCAACUGUCAAUGAGAGCCGUGAUGUGAUUGCCCUGUCACUGGGUGAUGCUGAUUCAAACAUCCGCAGGGAGGCAUUGCACCUUAUGAUGGGAAUGGUUGAUGAAAACAAUGUCAUGGAUAUUGCUGGCAUGCUGGUCAGUCAUGCCGCAAGGUCAGACCCAGAGUUUGCAAAUGAUAUUCUUGGGGCCGUCCUAGCAGCAUGUGGGCGCAAUGUAUAUGAGCUGGUAUCAGAUUUUGAUUGGUAUGUCUCGCUACUGGCAGAUAUGGCUAGGAGCUUGCAUUGUGUGCAGGGGGAUGAGAUUGGUCGCCAGCUUGUUGAUGUGGGACUUAGGGUGCAUGAUGCACGGCCAGAGCUUGUUCGUUCAGCUCGAUCUCUCCUAAUUGAUCCUGCUUUGCUUGGGAACAAUCUCCUAUGCUCUGUUCUUUCUGCUGCUGCAUGGGUCUCUGGUGAGUAUAUUGAUUGUAGCAAGGAUCCUGUUGAGCUUGUUGAGGCACUAUCACAGCCAAGGACUAGCCUCUUGCCAAUGUCAGUGAGAGCUGUCUACAUCCAGGCAGUACUUAAAGUGGUCACCUUCUGUUGCAAUUUAUAUGUAGAGAGUUCGAAUGAUUCAAACAAGGAAUCGGAUAUAGUGUUUGAUGAGUUAGCUGUUGAUCAAACUGUUAGCAGGGGAAUCAAGUCUGAAAUUCGUCCUGCUGAAGAACAAAUCGUUAUGCCAGGCACAGCUAAAAACGACCCCUUUUCAAACAAAUCAAUAGUUUACAUGAUUAACUUGGUUGAAACAACGGUUGGACCACUUGUUGAGUCCAAGGAAGUUGAGGUCCUGGAGAGGGCACGCAACCUGAUGGGUUUUGUCCAUUUGUUAAGAGAGAUCUGGGAGUUGAAGGAAAGGAAGGUCAGUGAUCAUAACAAGCAUAACCGGGUCAUGGAGCUCAUUAAUAGUAUGCAAACAGUAUUCUCUCAGGAAUUAAGGCCUGUUUCUGUGAAUGCCCAGAAGAAAAUUUCCCUUCCUGAGGAUCUUGUCUUGCAUGAAAAUCUGUCUGAACUUGCUGACAUUUUAAGUGAAGAUGACACUACUCUGUCAACUUCAAUUUCUUUUAUCUCUCGCAACUGUCAUUCUGUAGAGACUAGAGAUGAGCCUGCAGUAGUGUCAGUUGAUUCAUCUUCUCUUUUUGAGCACCGUAAACGGCAUGGGAUGUACUAUCUCCCAACAGGAAAAGCUGAGGAUGACGCAAAUAACUACCCUCGUGCCAAUGAUCCUCUUCUUUCUGUUGAGAAUGCAAGUGCCAUGGAGGAUAAAUCCGAGACUGUCCAGCCUGUAUCUGCUGGGAAAAAAUUGAAGGCCAUGAGGUCCAGACCAAAAGUAGUGAAAUUGGAUGGCGAAGAUUUCCUAAGUUCCAUGAUGACUAGUGCAAAUAUUCUAAAGGCUGCAGAUAAGUCGGAAGGCAUGGGCAAAAAAAUGGACACUGGCGAAUCUAGUUCUCAAUGGAUACAGAACAUAUAUGCUGAUACUGGAAGCCUUUCUACUUCAAGUUCUAGGACAAGUAAGCAACAUGAUCUUACUAAAGAGAAGAGCACACCUCCUGACAUUGAUAGGAAAGAGGCGAGAAAGCAUAAAACCUCUUCUAGGAGUGGGCAUCGUCAAGGAAAACAUACGCACAGAGAAAGACCUAGUACUCAGCCUGAUGUUGCACCUCAAGCUCCGGUUGUUCAAGAUUUCCUUCUGUAGCUGCCGAGAUUUUUUUUUUGCUUGGUACGUUACAAUUACGAAAUACAAGUUGAUGUGUUGUAAUGUUCAUUUGAACGAGGAAGAACAUAGGUGUACAUGGAUGUUAACCUCUUCUGGUAAAUUUUCUGUUAGGUCUUUGUAUACUAUCCCAAAGGCUAGUUAAACUAGAUGACCAUCUAAGAAAAUGUGGUACAUGAAAGUUCCAGUGAAGAUCAAAGAUUUUUUUUUGUG